AUGUUAACGAACGAGGAGCACAUCAAGCUCCGCAUCAACCGGGUGCUUUGGUCCUACGAGGCAGAGUCGCAGACGGACGUGCAGUCUCAGAUGCCUUUGGUGUCUCCGAAGUACGUCAAGGUCCUGGCAGAGAUCCUGGAUUGCGAGCUGGUGACAGAGCCCUUUAUGGUGCGCACACUGAAGACCUUCCUGAAGGCCUUCUCCCAGAUGUACCACGAUGGCGAGUUGGACACGCAAGAGGUCAUCUACUGCCUGGACAUUGUCAAAAACGAGCGUGCGAAGGCAUCCGUGGCUAAGCAGCUAGGCAUCGACCCGGCGGACCUCGACGAAGUGGGGGGCCAGGGUCAAAUGUACUGCGUGGAAUGCCUCCAUACAGAGGCCAACGUAGCGCACCUCUACUGUCCUGAGUGCGGAGACAGCUUAUGCCUGAACUGCUUUGAGAAGCUGCAUGCCAAAGGUCAUCGUGCAACGCACGAGCCGAACCACUUCAUUCUGUGCGUCAUGUGCAAGGUGAUGCCGGCCAAGCUGCAGUGCACCUACACGCGGGGAAAGUAUUGCAGCGACUGUUACCAUCGCAAGCAUGCGAAGACCCUACCCAAGUUCCUUGACUUGAAGCCUUUGAAGAUAGAUUACAAGCGUUCCGCCAAGCUAGAGCGCGAAGAGAAGGCUCGCAAGGAAGGCAAGCAGGUGGAAUCGCCUUUGACCAUCAUCGAUCCGGAGGAGCGAAAGAGACCUUCUCGAAACCUGCACCUCUGGAGACCACCCUGGGUGAGAAGUGGCACGCCUUCUAUGACCUCCGUGGAGUGA